AAAUAACUUUUAAACAGGAUUAUUUGAUAUUACUUGAUAGCAAUGAUAAAAUCAAAUUACUUAUAGCAGUUCAACGUUGUUAAAAUCUUACAUUUUUUAAAACAAAUGUUUUCGGGGGCGAAUUAUGGCACAUCUACCCUAGAUAGGUAGGAUAAUGGGUGAAUAAAUAAAACAUCCCGCUCAACCGAUCAAAAUACCUAGUACCUUCCUACAUACAGCCAAAAUCAACAUUGCAAAAUCGGAUUUACUAGUUCUCUCGCGGAUUAAGAUGUAUCGAUGGGUUGGUAAAGUAGCCGUAGUGACUGGAUCCAGUUCCGGAAUUGGAGCCGCUACGGCAAAGGCAUUGGUUAAGGCUGGAAUGGUCGUGGUCGGUUUGGCUCGCCGAGUAGAACGUGUAGAAGCAUUAAAGUUGGAACUGAAGCAAGCGGAUCGGGACCGUUUACAUGCGAUUAAAUGUGAUGUUUCGAAGGAAGAAAACAUUCUUGAAACAUUCAAACUGGUUGAGGAAAAAUUCGGAGGUGUGGAUGUUUUGAUAAAUAAUGCUGGUAUUCUACGCGAGACCAAAUUAAUUGAAGCCGAAACAGAGAAAGUGCGAGAAGUAAUAGACACUAAUGUAAUGGGAUUGGUUCUAUGCAGUCGGGAAGCUUUCAAAUCUAUGAAAAAGCGUUCGGUGGAUGGCCACAUUGUGCAUAUCAACAGCAUUGCGGGGCAUAUGGUGCCAAAUUUUCCAAAUUUGAACAUCUAUCCAGCCUCCAAGUUUGCUGUAACGGCCAUCACGGAAACUAUGCGCCAUGAGCUGAGAACGGAAGGAACUAAAGUGAAGGUUACGAGUAUAAGUCCUGGUUCCGUCAAUACGGAAAUUAUGCCCGCGGAUGUAGCUGCAACGGGAAUGCCUUUGCUGGAAUCAGACGAUAUAGCAGAAGCUGUCUUGUACGUUGUGGGAACACCUCCGCGAGUGCAGGUUCACGAGCUGACGAUCAAACCAAUUGGAGAGAUGAUCUAGUUUGGUGAAUAGCAGUUGGUCACGUUUCGCAUGAAAAGACAGGGUUUAACCCUUGAAUGCAUACUGCUGCCGUCUGGCAACUUACCAAAUUUUGCGAUAUAAAGCCCAAAAAGAGAUAUAAAUCGUAUCCAUCUAGACAAAUGAGUACCAAAGAAGAAUGAAAUUCAUGCAUUUAAGGGUUAAAUUAUAAAUAAAAAUAACUAAUUCAGACAA